AUGAAUUGCUACAAUUUAAAUGAUAUUAAUUAUAAAAUACAAGGCUAUAUUGGCAAAAAUGCAUUUCAAAAUUGCAAAUUCCAAAAUGUUGAAUUGGAUUGUUUAGGAAUUAAUGAUUAUGCCUUUUAUAAGUGUACUUCUUUAGCUACAAUUGUUUUACAUGAUACAGUCAAGUAUAUUUCUAGUGGCGCUUUCCAAGCGUGUUCAAGUCUAAAUUCAUUAAAACUUUCAAAGAAUUUGGAAGUACUCGGAAUUCAAGCAUUUUUUGACUGCUUGUCUCUAAAAGAUUUGAGUAUUUAUACAAAAUUAACAAACAUCAGCAUUGGAGCUUUCGAAAACUGUAAAAGUUUAGAAAGUUUGAACCUUGGAAAUAAUAUAAAAUCCAUUGAUUCAAGAGCGUUUUAUAAUUGCGAAAAUUUGGUUUCUAUAAGUUUCACUCCGAGUUUGGAGAUCAUUGGAGAAUCAUCUUUCUUUAAUUGCAAAUCAUUACCUGAAAUCAAACUUCCUUAUAGUAUGAAAACACUUCAUUCAGAUGCAUUUUAUAAUUGUAUAAGUUUAUCAUCUCUUACCAUACCAAAUUCAUUAGAAGUCAUUGAGAAAAAUACAUUUUAUAAUUGUCAAAGUCUUACGAGUGUAUUAUUGCAUGAAAAUAUUCGUUUUAUUAGUUCUUUCUCAUUCUUUAAUUGUUCUAGUUUGAAAACAAUUACAUCAGUUGUUCCAUCAAAUGCAACAUUUGAAGAUAACUGUUUUACAAACACGAUAUCUUUGAAAACAUUAAUAUUCGGAUCUAAUAACUUCGAAAUUCUUCGAUUUUCUAAUAAAGAAAGCCUUACAGAUGUCACAUUUGCAUCAGAUACAAUCAGUGUUACUCCAUCAUUGUAUGAUUUUAAGAAAUUAGAGAAAAUCGAAAUCAACAGUACAAAAUCUGUUUCUAUACAAAAGAACUUUGCAUGCAGUUCAAAACUUUCAAUAUAUUUAUAUAACAACAUUAGCUCCAUUGAUGAUCAUGCUUUUGAUGGCUCAGAGAUUGAGUUAUUUGUUUACUGUGGUGUUAACACAAUCAAAGGGAAAUUCCUUGAAAAUGCAAAGAAAUGCAAAACAGUUUUUGUCGGGAAGUAUUAUUUUGACUCAAAAAUCGGAGGAAUUAAUGCAGAAAAAGAUAAAAUUCCUAUGUUUUGCAAAGAAAAUAUUACUGUUAAAUCCAAUAGAUUGCAGAAAAUAUUGAUAAUUGUUUUCUCAUCUGGCUUAUCUAUUUCUUUGAUAAUUGCUCUAAUUAUCAUAGUUAGGCAACAUAGUAUUAGGCAGAAUCAAAAGAGGAUUCAAGAUAAAUUGCUACUUGGAGCAAAUAUUAUUAACGACUUUGGGUGA